GGGAGCCAGUGGCUGAGGCAGGAGCAGAGGCAGGACCUGGCCCUGGGUCUCUGCGCUGAACCAUUCCUGGGCAUCCUGCUGAAUUUGCCCCCAGAAGGAAAUGGGCCUCACAUACCCCACUGCCGCCUCCUAGCAUACUUUUGUCCUGACCCCUUGAGACUGGCUGAGGACUGGUUGCCAUAGAGAUGGCCUGUUGGGCAGUUCCACGGCGGGGGGUGGGGGAUGGGGCAGGAUGGGGAGGACACCGAUAUGCUAAAUACCCACCAACAGUUGGUUAGGGCCCCGUUGGGGCGACCAGGGCAGGACACACAGCUUCAGGCUCCGGGGAGCAGCUCUAGGCUGCUCAAGCUGCUGUUGACCAUCUCUCAGGACAAGCAGGGCCACCUGGGGAGUGGUGACGGUGUGCCAAAUCAGGACCUGCAACGGAGGUCUCAGAGCUCAAGGCAGACAGCAAAGAAGGACCGCAAGCCCAGGGGUCAGAGCAAGAAAGGACAGGGUUCUGAAGAGGCUGAGGCUCUCUUCACCCCUUCUGCUCGGAAGCCCUCCUUCCCCUUCCAGUGGGCCUGGGAAAGCAUUGCCACAGAUGUCCGGGAUGCACUUCAGCCAAGCUCCCCAGCCUCUAGCCACCAAGUCCUGCCCCUGCCCUCCUCACUCUCCCAGCCUCAGUUCAGGCGCAAGUCCACAGGCAGCCUCCCAGAGAACCCUGGCUGCUGCCAGGAGACAGAGACACAAAACCUAAAGGUGAGACAGCGGCUGAGAGCCUGGGGCGGUGUCUCCAUCCUUCCUGGCAAAGGAGGACAAGGACCAGAGCCCCACUGUGAGUGUGACCUCCAGCUGCCUGGGAGGAGGCCAGGAUCAGGAUCGGUGUCCGACGAGCAGGUCCAGCUGCCAGGCCCGGGUGCUGAGAAAGCCGAGAAGGGUCUGAGUUCUGUGGAGCUGCCCCAGCGCCCCAGAAGGGAGCCGAUCUCAGAGGAGGAGCAAUUCUCAGAUGCCACAGAGGAGGCUGAGGAGGGGGAGCACAGGGCUACCCACAGAAGGAGGGCUGGUUCUCAGAAAAAGGGGCAGAUUUCUGGAGAGGAGGCUUCAGAUGAGGGGGAACAGGGCCAGAGCCAGGGGAGCACCCCCAGCUACAACAACCUCCAAAGGCCACGGAGGAGGAAGACAAGGGCCAAGGAGCUACAGGAGCCGUGGGACCUGGAGAAGCUGCACAGUCAGCUCCAGAGAGACCUGGAUUGUGGUCCCCAAAAGCAGCACUGGAGGGCUCGGAGAGAUGCCUUCCAGGCCUCCAAACGUCAUGGGAAGGGCUAUGCCUUGGGAGGCGAUGAAACCUUCCUGUCUGCCAACCUGUCUAACCGCACCUUCCACAAACGACAGGAAGCCACCAGGAGCCUGCUGCAGGCAUGGGAGCGGCAGCGGCAGGAGGAGCGGCAGCAGGCCGAGCUGCGUCGGGCCCGCACACAGCAUGUACAGCAGCAGGUGGCCCGCUGCCUGGCGGCCUACGCGCCCAGAGGGAGCCGGGGGCCUGGGGCAGCCCAGCGCAAGCUGGAGGAGCUGAGGCGUCAGGAGCGACAGCGCUUUGCUGAGUACCAGGCAGAGCUGCAGGGCAUCCAGCACAGGGUGCAGGCCCGGCCCUUCCUGUUUCAGCAGGCCAUGCAGGCCAAUGCCCGUCUCACUGUCACCCGGCGCUUCUCCCAGGUGCUGUCAGCACUGGGGCUAGAUGAGGAGCAGCUGCUGGCUGAGGCAGGAAAGGCGGACACAGUGGGCACCCCCAGAAAACCCAGGAGCCACAGGCCAAUGAGGGUGAGAAUGGAGCACUCUCCUCAGAGCCCCCCAAGGAAAGAACCCACCGGCAGCCAGCCUGACAGGCACCACACCCCCAGCGUGGACCCGGAGUGCAGUCCCUGAGAUAAAAAUGAAAGGCUUUAUGGCAAACACAGCGUGGGAUUUCUGGUGGUGGUGGUGGAGGCUCCAGGUUGGAAGUGAGAGGUGGCAGGUGAGUGGGCAGCAGGCUUAGCUCUGUCCCCACAUCCCCAGAGGAGCUCUGGCUCUUUUGGUUCCCCCCACCCAGCACACACAGCCCCUUCUCUCCUCCUGAGGAGUGGGGACAUCUCAAAGAGCAAAAACUGUGACUUCUCCACCCCAUCCUCAAUGUGUAUGCUGGGUCCUAGAAAUUCAAGCGUGAAUAAGAUGGAACGACUCCCGCCUCUGAGGAUGCCCAGUCAGUGGGAGAGGGGGUGGACCCUCAGAGGGGUGCAUACAACAUACCCUAACACAGA